CUUCUCUCUUUUACUAUUUAUCAAAAAUGGCAUUUUGGAAAUGGUUAAAAAGUUCUGGUGGUAAUCCUCCAUCUUACAAAGAAGCCUUGGGUAAGGAUCUUGCUAGUGAGAAGAAAGACAAGGUGCCAAAAUAUUCUUCUACCGAAAAGGAUAAUACUCAAUCAGCGAAUGUUACUGAGAAACCUAAACCACCACCACGGAUUCUUUCAGAAAGUGAGGAGGAUGAAUUUGAUAAGAAUUAUGAUGCUGAGGAAGAAAACAUCUUAGUUACCGCAGCUAAUGAUGGCAAAGAAUUGGCACGAAAAUGUGCAUUAUAUUUUGCUGAUCUUGAUGACUUUGCUUAUGAUAAAUCAACCAUCAAUGCCUGGCAAAGGGCUUUGAAUAAAGUUUACGAUGAAGCAGAUGGCCUUGAAAGAGCAAUACACAUAAUGGGACUGCCUAUAAAUUACAACGGUGAGAGACAAAGGCAUACAUUUUAUAAAGAAUUCAGUUAUAGAUUGACAGCCAGAUUAUCUCCUAAAUUAGGAAUAGUUAGAGAAAAAAUAAUGCUAGAUAGUCAUCAUGAUCAUCGUUUGAAGACUCUUCAAUAUUACGUUGCGCUUCACCGUGAGCUUUUGGAUCCCGACCUUUUAGUUCGUUUAAGGAACAGAGAAAAGUUUAGGUAUAUUUGAUAACUGCUUGUAUAAUUCAUUUGUAGAAUUAGUUUGAUUUGAUAGUUUAUAGGAAGCAUCAUCUCUAGGAUUAUAUAUACCAUCACCUGCCUUUACCUACCUAGAUAUAUUUGGGCUUUAAAUUCCCUAAUCAAAUUAUAUAUUAUUUACAUUUACAUACAUAUCUAAUUCUGAUUACUUCUUAUUUUAUACUGAGAAAACAGGUUGAGUUUGUAUGUUUUGUAUGGUAGCGCCUUCCUACAAAGAAAGAUUGAGGCCUUACUGAUGAAUCAAUUAAUUGAAGUUCAUUUAAGUAGAUCGAAUUAGUUCAUGACAAUUUUUAG